UCGAUCGGUGGCGUCAUGUGACAAAACAGGAAGUACUCAAACCUUAACAACUCAGGUGUAGCAAUUGAUCGGGGAAGUGCUGAUUAUAGUCGUAAAGAAAGCUGACUGUCCGUAAAAUCAUAAUGGAGGCUCGCUUCACCAGAGGCAAGUCAGCUAUUCUCGAGAGGCCUCUGAGCCGGCCUAAAACCGAGGUGAGCGUGAGCGCCUUCGCCCUGCUCUUCUCGGAGGUGGUGCAGUACUGCCAGAGCCGUGUGUACUCGGUGUCCGAGCUGCAGGCUCGCCUAGCGGAGCUGGGGCAGCGAGUGGGAGCCAGCCUACUGGACGUGCUGGUGCUGAGGGAGAAAAACGGCAAGAGGGAGACCAAAGUGCUAAACAUACUGCUGUUCAUCAAGGUAUCUGUGUGGAGAUCACUCUUUGGUAAAGAAGCAGACAAGCUCGAGCAAGCCAACGACGAUGACAAGACUUACUACAUCAUCGAGAAGGAGCCCCUCGUCAACACCUACAUCUCUGUUCCCAAGGAGAACAGCACCUUAAACUGCGCAGCCUUCACGGGAGGGAUCAUAGAGGCCAUUCUCACCCACAGCGGCUUCCCCGCCAAGGUCACCGUCCACUGGCACAAGGGCACCACACUCAUGAUCAAGUUCGAUGAGGCUGUCAUCACCAGAGACAAAGUACUGGAAGGAAGAUAGGAGGGAGAUGGAUAAGAGGCUUACGGGGUGCAUGUGGCUGGAGACUUGUUGCCAUUAUGGAUUCUCAGGACUCGAGUGGUAUUAAAAUUCACGUUCAACUAUAAAAUGAGUUCUUUACGUUAGAGAAGCAGGAUUACUGCAGCUGUAAAGAAAAUGACUUUACAGCCUUUCAGUGGAGGUUGAGAUUUGGGAGGAGUUCAGAAUGUAAACAAAACACUACAAGCUCUUUAUUUAAAGCCUUUGUUUGCUCUAGUGCUCUUAAAGGGGUUUUGUUUUACUGCACAGUGUAAACCGACACCAGCGACUCCCAAACCAAACAGCUGAUAGAAAAUGUCCCAUUUCCUCAUAUUAGCUAAAGUUUGUGACUGGAUCUGUGUUGACAGGCCUGAUGGCAGCACAGGUGUCCACAUGUUUGUACUGCAGGGUCACCGCAACGCUGCUACCUCGACCUAUUCAAGAGGUGAGGCAACUACAUUUGGGUAACAUGUUAACCCUGCAGCUGCUACGCGGUUAGCAUGUGUUUAUGCUAAAUAAUGUUUGUACAUGCAUUUUGUUAUUAUAAAAUAUAAGUAAAUGUAUAAGAAAAUGUUUGGGAAUGGGUGUUUUUAUUCUGUCUUUUUUUAUUUUUGGUAUUUAUAAGAGAAACUGUGGUGGUUUCACCAGAAACUAGAAAAUUCAGUAUUGGUAAACCAGGGAAGGUCAGUGAGUCAUUUGUCUCAGAAAGAAAAUAAAAGCGCUGUUCUUGUUUCUUAAACUCACAAAUAUGAAAGUAAAUGUCGUGCUGUGAAAAAGUAUUGACCCAUUUCCUCAUUUCUUCAUUUCUCUAUAUUUUUUCUCAUUUCUUUUUUUUUUUUUUCUUUUUUGCAUAUUUGUCACAUGAUCGUCACAAAAUGUAAUCAAUUAAAAACUAUUUCUUAUUUCAUUCGGUUAUAUUUGUUAUAUUAAAUUUAAAAAAAAAAAUUGAUGAUCGGAAACAUGCCAGCAUGACAAAAGUACAACUGAAAGUUAGAACAGGAUAAAAAGUUCCCACAGCACUGCA